AUUUAAAAAGUUAUGUAGAAACAUAAACAAAGGGUUAGUGAUUUUGUUAAAAUUAUCCCGAUUUUUAUAAUUAUUUCAUAGUGUAAGUGUUGAAAUAAUGACGUGCGUAUAUUCCAUGUUGUUACAUAGUGAUUUAUACACUAAAGAUUACUUUCUACAAGAAAAUAUUUGUAGAUUUUGUUGGUCAAAAAAUGCCAAUCGAGAUUUGUUUACAAAUAUCUGUGAAAUGGACAGUGAAGUAAAUAAUCCACUGAUAUAUAAAGUACAGAGUUGCUUAGACAUUAAUUUAGAUCUAGAAAUAACUACGAACUACCCGAAAAAGGUGUGUGAAAUCUGUUUUUGUAAGAUCGAAAGUUGCUUCGAGUUUAAACGUUUUUGUGAAGAUUCCGACAGAAAACUGCGUGAAAUAUUUGAAAAAGAUGAUUUAAAUCCAUCAACACAUCUAACUGAAAGUGCCAAUAACUUGAAAUUGGAAAAACUUGACGACUUCCCGGAGUUGGAUUUGUCAAAGUCUGACACCUUAGAUAGUUUCUUGGAUAGUCUGCAGCCAGCCUCCCCGACCUUAGAGGAGUCUCCAGAAAACAUAGGGACGACAAAAAAGACAAAAACGAGCCGCUAUAAACCGAAACGAGGCUCUACAUACUGCAACAUUUGCUGUUUGGACUUAAAAAGUAGAGAAACUCUAAUACAACACAACUCGGAGAGUCAUGGUGUGGAAAGUAACGGUGAAUUCAAAUGCUUCGGAUGUGAAAAGAGAUUUAAGACCAGAAAGACCCGAUUGGGGCACGAAAUAAACUUCUGUAAAGGUUUAAAAGAUGGAUAUAAAUGUUCACUUUGUGAUAGACAUUUGCCGAAAAGGAGAAUGUACGAAUCUCACAUGAGGGAUCAUAGAAAUAAUACGACUGUUGAGCUCCCCGAAGAGUUGUUUAAAUGUGCUAAAUGUUACAAGCAGUUUAAGACGAGAGAUAACUUGAAGAAGCAUUUGAAAGUACAUGAUGGAGAGAAGAAGAAUUAUGUGUGUGAGAGCUGUGGCCGCGUGUUCACCAGACAAGACUACCUCCACAAGCACACGUUGACCCACACAGGGGUUAAGCGCCACGAGUGCCCACAAUGUGGGUUCCGCUCUGCUCAACGAUCCUCACUUACCGUUCAUAUGAGGAAACACACGGGCGAACGUCCGUACCGGUGCGAUGUGUGUCCCCAGCGCUGCGUGUCCAGCUCCAACCUGCGCGCGCAUCGACGGAGACAUCUCGGCCUCAACUCCUAUCAGUGCACAAUCUGCCCCAAAAAGUUUGGGUACAAAAUCAGCCUGGAAGAACAUAUAGCGGCGACCCACGAACGAUCCCAGUCCCACCCCUGUCCCCACUGUGGGGCCACCUACACCCGCAUCAGGGGUCUGCGAAGACACUUACUGGCCAAACAUGGCGCCGAGUCGAAAAAAACACAGAAAAACGAAAAACUCAACCAAGGAGUUUCGUACCCAGACGGCAAAAACGACAAAAAUCCCCAAGGAGAUUUUUACCCAGAUUCUAACACCAAAAAUAAUCAAGAGUUUUAUUCGAAUAAAAAUGAAAAAGUUCCAAAUUUGAAUUCGAAAAAUGAAAAGAAUGAGUUAGAGCAAGGAGAGUUUUACAUAAAAAUCGGGAAUACAGAUAAGUUCGUUUGUUUGAAUAGAUCGACUGGUGAUGCGAAAGAAAGUGAUAAAUUCAUGAUUAAAAAUCAAUAUCAAGUAUUUGUUGUACAGGAAUAAAAUCUUUCAUAUUUCAAUGCCAUGUUAAUAAUCAAAUCAGUUAUUUUUUACUAAACGUCAAAAACACGAAAUUACCAUAGAAUUUGUAUAAAAACGUGAUAAAAUGUCUUCGAUUAAAAUUCCAAAAUAAUUAAAAAAAAAGAAAACGCUUUUUGCCAGUUUUAGAUCUGUCUUUAUCUAGUAAUCAGAAUUUCAUAAAUUAUCUUGGACCUAGGAAUCUACGCAAUUAUAUGGAAGAUGUUAUGGAGUACACUCCAUCACGCUGCGCCACUGCUGGUUGGUGGUGAGUAGUGAAACAUACUUGUAAUGAACGAAAUUAUUGUCAAUCGUUAAGAAAUUGUAAUAAGAAUUAUUUUUGCUAAUGCAUUUACUAUUAAUAUUAUUUUUUGUCAGCCAUAAUAGUGUUUUGAACAACAAUAAAGUAUUAAAUUAUA